CCUCCGCCCCGCCGUUCCCUCGCGCUCCCAGCAUGCAGCGCACCGGAAGUAGGCGCGGCGGCCGGUGACCGUUGCCCGGCGCUGAGGUGAAGGAGCCGGGCCGCCCCCAGCCGCCAUGAGCCGCCCGGCCGCCCGCACCGCCGCGCCGGCAGCAGGUCUUUCUUCUAUUUAAAGAAAAUCAAGGGCUGCAAAUAUGGGAAAGAAACGCACCAAAGGCAAAACUGCACAGUCUGAUGAGUCUCUGGAUAUGUUGGAACCUACAUGCAGGCAUAUUCGUAAAGGACUGGAACAAGGUCAUCUGAAAAAGGCCCUUGUGAACGUGGAAUGGCACGUUUGCCAGGACUGCAAGGCAGACAAUAAGACACAAGAGAAUUCUGAGGAGGAGACGGACGAAAGCCCUUCCAUAUGGUUAUGUCUAAAAUGUGGCCACAGGGGCUGUGGCAGAAAUUCUCCAGAACAGCAUGCUUUAAAGCAUUACACAACGCCAAGAUCAGACCCCCAUUGUUUGGUUCUCAGUUUGGACAACUGGAGUGUGUGGUGCUACAUAUGUGAUAAUGAAGUUCCAUAUAGUACUUCAACACGGUUGGGCCAGACGGUGGAAUAUGUUAAAAAACAAGUUUGUCAUGACUCAUCACGUUCAGCAGAAAAAAAGCAAGAGAAUAAAGACUUUGGAAAUAAAAAGGUAGAAAAAGACAACAGAAAUGAGCAAGAAAAAGAAGUCUCUCUCAAAGAAGAGAAUUCUCCUUCAAAUACUAACUCAGAAGUGACUGUUAAAGGACUUAGUAACCUGGGGAAUACGUGUUUCUUUAAUGCAGUGAUGCAGAACUUAUCACAAACUCCAGUCCUGAGGGAGCUGCUCAAAGAAGCUAAAAUGCCUGACACGACAGUUAAAAUUGAGUCACCUGAAUUAUCUAUGGAACCUCAGCUAAUAAAACUAGAUCCGCCAGGUCCUUUGACGUUAGCCAUGCAUCAGUUCCUGACAGAAAUGCAAGAGACAAAGAAAGGGGUGGUUACCCCUAAGGAACUUUUUGCUCAGGUUUGUAAAAAAGCAAUACGAUUUAAAGGUUAUCAGCAGCAAGACAGUCAAGAAUUGCUUCGUUACUUACUUGAUGGCAUGAGAGCAGAAGAAAUCCAACGAGUAAGUGUUGGAAUACUGAAGGCCCUGACCGAUUCUAACAAACAAAAUGAAGAAGAACUGAAAACAAAAAUUAAAGAAUAUGAGAAGAAAAAGGGAAUGAAAAGUUUCAUAGAUCGAAUCUUUGGUGGAGAAUUAACCAGUACGAUUAUGUGUGAGGAAUGCAAAACAGUGUCCUUGGUCCAUGAAUCUUUCCUUGAUUUGUCACUUCCUGUACCAGAUGAUCAGAAAACAAAAAAUACAAAUGAGAGAAAUGCUAAAAAAAACAAAGAGAAGGAAUCUGAAGGUGAAGAAGAGGAUAAAAAUGAUGGCUGUUACAUUAAACAGAAAGAUGAGCCCCUUGGUACAAGUAAGCACCUUCAGAAAAAAACAAAGAAACUGGCCAAAAAACAAGCCAAGAGCCAGCGCCGCCUGCAGAAGCUCCAAGGAAAAGUACUUCAGUUGGCAGAUAUCUGUGCUACUGAACAGUCAGAAAAAGAUGCAGAAUAUAACCAGGAAAGAGAGGCAGAUAUUAACUCUGAAACUCCUGAUGUGAAGCAAGAAGAGGAGUCAUCAAAUGACUGCAAAGAUCACUGCUUAACUCACGAAGACUUAAGUAUAGAGGGAACUGAAAGAGAAGUUCAGAAUAUGCUUGAAAAUACAGGAAAACCAGAACAAGAGUGUGUAGAAAAGGAGUCUCUCAUGGAUCUCCCUACAGAAGCUUUAGAUUCUCCUGUGAAGCUUGUCAAUGGCCUUGACAACCUAUCUUUGAAAGAUGAGGAUGAUGAAAAUGAAGAUGAGGAAGGGCUUGCUACUGACUUCUCAAAAAUACACUUGAGUGAUAAUGUUGAAUCGGAUAUGAGCAUCUUAAAUGACCUUCAAACUUGUGAAGUACUGACGGAAGAUCCCGAAAUGGCAUUUUGUACUCUUGCAAACAGGGAAGACCUGAACCCAGAAGAAGGUUCAAUACAUCACUGUUUGUAUCAAUUUACCCAUAAUGAGAAACUUAGUGAGAAGAAUAAACUACUAUGUGAUGUAUGUACGCAGAGACAUUGUGGACCAAAGAACAUGAAAAGUGAAAAGAAGUAUGUUUAUACUAAUGCCAAAAAGCAAAUGCUAAUCUCUCUUGCUCCUCCAAUUUUAACUCUUCACUUAAAAAGAUUUCAACAGGCUGGAUUUAAUCUACGGAAGGUUAACAGGCAUAUCAAGUUUCCAGAAGUGAUUGACUUGGCUCCUUUCUGUACAGUUAAAUGUAAAAAUGUGGCCGAAGGGAGUACAAAAGUAUUAUACUCUCUCUAUGGAGUUGUUGAGCACAGUGGAACGAUGAGGUCUGGGCACUACACUGCUUAUGCUAAAAUGAGAAAUAUGAACAAACAUCUCUCUGAUCUUGUCCUUAAAGGACAAUCUCCUGAAGCUUUAGAAACUGAACCAGUAAAAGGACAGUGGUUCCACAUCAGUGAUACCCACGUACAAGCUGUGUCUCUAUCAAAAGUGCUGAGUUCACAAGCCUAUCUCCUGUUCUAUGAGCGACUGCUCUAAAUCAGAGAAACCUUCUUGCAUCCAUCUUAAACAGCCUGAAAGAAGGCAGGAACUUGCAAAUCAUGUUAACAUGUUGGGGCUAACUACAAGAAUAUACUUUGUGCUUCUUAAACACACUGACAAAUGGUUAACUUAUACUUUUUCCAAUGUUUUCACUACUUUUAAAUAAAAGUCUUUUUUCAAAAUUACA